CAGGCACGCCCACUGCUAGUGACGCUUUCAUUUCGUUACAGGAAGUAGAAGGCUGUGUUUUGUUUAUGCCGGAGAUAGCGAUAAGUUGAAUGGGAAGGUUCAGUAAAAAAAAAAUGAAGGCGUUGUUUCUGAAUGAAUAAAGGAUUCAGCUAAACCAGUUUCAAACUACAGUCAGUGAAGAUGGACGUCAGUAUCUCCGUGUCGUUCUUUCAAGACGAGCUCGCCUCUACCAUCGAGCACGCAGUGAAAGCGGCUGUAGACACCGUCUUGUGUGAAAUUACUAAUGUUAUCGGCAGCAAAUUCACUGAAUUCCAGAUGGAAAUGGCUGGAAAGGAGAGAGAGAAUGGCAGUCUGAGGCUCAGGUUGGAGAUAUCAGAGAGCGAGUUGAAAGCAGUGCGAGGAUGUAUGAACGCUGCAGAUGCAGACAUCAGACAACCUCGAUUAUUUCAAGAUCCCAAAGAGAGCCACGAUAUCCCUGAAUCUGAAGCACAGGAGAGGUCAGAGAUCAAAGAGGUUUACAGACAAGAGGAGUCCUUUGACCAGGAGUGGUGUGCAAGUCUAAUGCAGAUUACAGAGCUGACACAUGUUAAAGAUGAAGAGGUCCCUCGACUGGAAUGUGUUCCUAUUAAAGAAGAAUUCAUAGAGCAGGAAUCUGCCCCCAUCGCAGAGAAACUUCCUACUGAAAUUCAUGUCUGUACACUUGAGGAGAACAACCAGCUGGGAUCCAACCUGUGUGAUGAUCCUUCAUCUGAAUAUGAACUGGGAUACACAGCUUCUAAAGGAGAACACGACUCCACUCCAUCACUCCAGGGCAAAAACUCUUCUAGUGGCAAACCACAGCGCAAGAAACUCAGAGAGAUGUCACCCCAAGAACAUGUGAAGACAUUGGGAUCUCACUCAGUUAAAAUCCAUUCUUUACAAGACAGACACCCACUUACUGUGAAGAGUACAGAGCCGACACAUUCUGUAUGUUUUAACAGUUCUGAAACCCAGGGCAACUUGAAGACCCUGCCUCAUUCUGUUAAAGGUGGGAAGAGUUCCUGUCAAUUAGACUCUCCUGAAACUCUCAUGGGAAAUCUCACAGGAGGGACUUCACUGCCCUGUGCCGAGUAUGGGAUGAGUUUCACACAGUUAGGAAAUCUUCAGUCGCACCAGCGCAUUCACACAGGAGAGAAACGUCAUCAGUGUUCUCAGUGUGGGAAGAGAUUUAGUCGUUUAUCAAAGCUUGUAAUCCAUCAGCGCAUUCACACAGGAGAGAAACCUUAUAACUGUUCUGAAUGUGGGAAGAGAUUCAGUCAGUUAGGUGACCUUAAACGACACCUGCGCAUUCAUACAGGAGAGAAACCUUAUCACUGUUCUGAAUGUGGGAAGAGAUUCAAUCAAUUAAGUGAUCUUAAAAUCCACCAGCGUGUUCACACAGGAGAGAAACCUUAUUACUGUUCUGAAUGUUGGAAGAGAUUCAAUCAGUUAGGUGACCUUAAAAGACACCUGCGCAUUCACACAAGAGAGACUGUUGUGAAUGAGGGAAGAGAUUCAGUCAUUUAGAAAACCUUAAAAUCCAUGUGUACAUUCACACAGGAGAGAAACAUCAUCGCUGUGCUGAAUACGGGAAUUGUUUCAGUCAUUUAGCAAACCUUAAAAGACACCAUAAAAUUCACACAAAUGUGUAACCCUAUCCCUGCACUUAGAAUGUCAGAAUUUCAGACACUUGGACACCUAAACAGGAGUAAAUUUGACUAAAGGUAUCUCUAGUAUCUUAUCACUUUUUAGGUAGGAGAUCACUAAAUGACACUUAAGAACAUUUCUAAAGAAAAAUGUUUUAGCAUUCAGACUUGUUAAUUAUAGGUUGUACUUAAUCAUAUAGUGAAAACAUGUUUUCUUAAUGAUCCUCAGACCCUCAGAGGUUUAGAAAGGUAUAAUACUUUCAACUUUAGGUGGAUAUUUGUGCAGAUACAAGCCCUAAUGUCAAGUCGUGUCUGUCCGCCCAAAAACAUAGAACUCUCAGUCUGCAAAGGGUUAAAAAUUCAAUGGAUACCAGUUAAGCCUUUUAUGUAUCUCAUUCACAACUGAGAAUCAUGUUAAUAGUAAAAUUGAUUUCAUUUACAGGGGAUUUCUAUGAUGCGUAGUUUACACACCCUAGUCUCUGUAAGUCGCCUUGGAUAAAGGCGUCUGCUAAAUAAACACAUAAUACAGUCACGCAGAACGAUUUUAAUAGUGUGUCCAGCAUAAAACAGUUUAUUUUUCAUUCUAGCUUUAAUAAAGAUUAGUCACUUAUUAACAUGUUGGAAUCUUGUUUGUAUGUUAAUCAAAAAAUAAGGCUUGGCCAAUUAAGUUGUUUCACAGAAAAAAACAGUGAAUUGAAAUCAAUUUUACUAUUAACACAUUUGUCAGUUGUGGUUGAGAUACACAAAUGACUUAACAUGUAUCAGUUGAAUUCUUAAAGGAGAGUAGAAAAGUCUGGGUAAAGCAAUGAAAAUCGAAAGCCCUAAAUAUAGCCUUUAUGUUUGUUGGCUAUAGCUAAUUUAAUAUUUUAAACAAUAUUCCCCAUUAACUUAAUAGGUGUUAUUUCUAACAGUGCUUGAUGAACAUUCAAAAAUAAAAACAGAUAACUGUUUAAAAGUAAAAUUACUUUUGUUCAUUUUAAUGUUACAAAAUUAGGUAGGUUGAAUAUUAUCAAAGGAUUUAUAAUAACUCAUUUUGUAAUUAGUUAAAUGUGUUCAGAAAAUUAUUAAACCAUAUAUUUGAUCAUAAUUCUAAAUAUAUCUAAAACAUUAAAACAUGCAUUCAUAUAUUUGAUAAGAUUAAGAAUUCCAGAUAUGUUUAAACAAUGGAUUCAUUUCACAUUUCAGCAUACACCAUUUACAAAUUAAUCAUAUCAUUUCUGUGCUCCAUGGAGAUCCAAUAAAUAUGCAGAUUUACCAUACUUGGUUUAGCAAGAAGUUGAAAAGUCUCGGAAUAAAGUUCUGACUCUUUGUGGUAAAAAAAGAUUUUGCAAAGUCCAAAGAAUGAUUUUGAUUCUAAUGUUUAAAAAAGAUUGUUUUCCUUUUUCCUUGUUAUUCCUCAAACAAAAUCACUUCCUGGCAGGGUCAUUCCAGACACUUGCAGUGUUUUAGACGCUGGACCCAAGCAGCGAUGUGUUCCAGGAGAAGUUACUCAGAUGCCAUGCUGGAGCUUUCAAAGGUCUCUCCCCCCGGUCUAGGAUGGAUUACAGUGUAUUUGAAUCGACCAAAUACCACAGUUAAUCCUAUUUACUUUUACUAAAUGUGAGUGGAUUUAUAUAUGCUUGUUUAAAACACAGUAAUGAGGCUGUUUGUUUACACUAGCAGUCCUUUACUGGUGCAAGUGGUCAGAAAUGCUGCAUCUUGAUUGGUUGAGGCAGUGUCCAAUGCCCUGUAAUGUUUAUAAUACAAAUCAAAAUGCAAGUCGGUCUGCUGUCUCAAGGUAGCCCACAGUAGAACUUUUGUUGUUCCUUGUCUGUAAAAGCUCUGGUAUAAAAGUUAUUCCAUAGCAAGCUAUGCUUGAAUUACUUGAGUUCUUGAGUUUGUCCACCACUUGUGUUGUAUAGAUUGAUGGCACCAAAACAUUCCAAAUACACUAAAAGAAUGACCAAACACAAGCGAAGCCCCUGGCACACAGACGCGUAAAGAAACUAUUCUGACAUGAUGGGGAGACACAUGUUGGAUAUAUUUGUAGAAAUUAGAUAAGUGCAUUACCUAUUACUAGAAAUUCACAAAUAAAAUGUGAAUUUGUAGAACAAAUGUUGUUUAAGAAAAUCAGUAUUUUAUUGGUGUUCUGGUACCCAGAUUUAAACAGGGGAAUUGUAACUUCCUAACUCGUAAUUAACACGUAAACUCCACAUACACUUGUGAAGAGUCUCUGGGAGAAGUCAGUGUCUCCAGCAGUGCUAAAUAUAAGCUUUCUGAAGGGGUCCCAGAAACACACAAAAGCUUUUUGUCAAGUUUGUCCAUGAGCUUGAGUGAGCCACUGUGAACUUCCCACCAUUCCAGUGGAUUAAUGUCCAGGCUAGGAAGUGGGAGUGCAUUGCAGCAGGCUAUUUUAAACACAGAGGUAGAGUUUAACUUUUCAUAAUAAAUUGAAACAGUAAACAGCAAAGUUACCCUUUAGCUUGUUUUUUAUAUAAAAGUUUAUGCAAAAACAAUGUUCCCUGUUGCAUAUAAAUAUAGACAUCAAUAAAAUGCACCUUACAGAAUUGUUAUACCAAGUUAAUCACGAUAUAUUACUUACAUGUAUACUAGAUAGUGUUUAAAUUGAACUCCAGGCCACGUUUUUGAACUCCAGGCCACGUUCUUGUUUUCAGUUUAAAAAUAAAUACAAAUUAAAGCUGCCUUAAAAUCAUAUAUCUUUAGUACUCUACUACAUCUGUAUAAUUGGGACUCCACUAACAUGAUCUUUUUUAGUGAGUCGUAAAUGUGUUUAUUUGAUAUUUUUCAUCACUUGUCUCACAAACAAAGAAUUGCUUUCAGGACAAAACAAUCUCUUCUUGCAAAAGAAGAA